CAAUAGAAGCUAUAAGAAAUUGCUCGAUGACAGUGCGCGCAAGCUGACCGCGCAAGCAGAAACAUGAGCUCGCGGAGCCUAAGACCAGUUCCAUAAAUUACCGCGCCAUCGUUCGGUUGUGGGGCUCGUUUGAGGGCAAGCUUUGAACGGAGUAAAGCAACAAAAAAACCAAACAACGGACUAGCAUCAUCAACAUCCCCUAACAUCAGAUAUCAAUCCCCUUCCCUCCGUGCGUUCGAGUGUAGGGGAUUCAACACCGGUCACUACCGAUCGCAAAACCCAUUCUCUCUCUCUCUCUCUCUCUCUCUCUCUCUCUCUCUCUCUCUCUCUCGCCGGCGGCCAGCGCAAAACAAGUUUCACUUUCACUGCGCGAACAACGACGAGCGCGCGCGUUCGUGUGCCUCCCGGAAUGUCAAUUUGUUGUGUGUGUGUGUUGGUGGCUGGAGAAAUUUCUUGUCCCCAGUGCGAGCAAGAUCAGGGCCAGUCGGUGAUUGACUCCAGGCAUCUGUGGACUUACCACCGUUGAAAACAGUUUCCCUUUCUUUUUGGGAUUGCGGAUUGCCCCAGUGUCACAAACGGACGGUGGCGCCUCAAAUCCCGGUGCUGCAUUAUAGGAAAACGAGUGUGUGUGUAUGUCUAUUGCGCUGCGCCUGCAACGUUACGCUUCGAGAUGUCCCGCAACUGGUGCUGGUGGUGUACCGUCGUGUGUGCCGUGGCGGUCGUCGGCACCGGUGUUCGCUGGGCCAGUGUGAGCGGGGCCGUCAUUUUACCCAAAAUCCCGGACGUGCUAAACCCACCCGUACCGGACGGGAUCGAUCUGGUGCAGCAGUCCGCCUUUCUCGAAAGCACCGAGCAGGAUCCGGAAGUGACGCCCGGCCUGUUCCAGGGCGAUAUGGCGAUGGACAACCGCAUGUACCGGUACUGGCGCGUGGGCCUGAACUGGGACGUGUUUCCGGAGCGGGUGUGGCCGAACGGGACGGUGCCGUACGCGAUCAGCCCGCUGUACGACGUGGACGAUCAGGUCACGAUCCUGCAGGCGAUCCGUACGCUCAACUUCAUGACGUGCGUCAACUUCGUGCCGUGGAACGGGAAGGACAAGGACUUUCUGCUGAUCUGGCCGAUCAAGUACCCGAAGGGGUGCUGGAGCUACGUCGGCAAGAUUGGCGGUACGCAGAUCGUGUCCCUGCAGCCGCCGGACGAUCGCAGCCCGAACUGUCUCGGCAACGAGGGGCGCGCCAUACACGAGCUGAUGCACGCGCUCGGCAUAUUCCACGAGCAGUCACGUGCCGACCGGGAUCGGUUUGUCAAGAUUAUCUGGGACAACAUCAUACCAGCGUUUAAAUCGAACUUUGAAAAGCAGUCGCUCAAAAACACCACCUACAGCUUCGAGUACGACUACAACAGCAUCAUGCACUACGGCAAGAACUACUUCAGCAUCGGCAAGGGCAAAACGACGAUCGAAACGAAGAUGCCCGGCAUUAAGCUGGGCCAGCGGCAGGCACUCAGCAAGACGGACUGUCUGAAGAUCAACGAUCUCUACAAGUGUUUGGAUAAUCCUAAAAUUAGCAAAAAAUACUACAAUCUGUGCAAAACGCUCGGCAUUUAAUGCUCCUGUUGUGUGGUGGUAUAUCCAAGCGAACGGAAGGGGAAGGAAAAACGAAAGGACCACGGUGGUGUGAGUGAUAUGUUUCGUUUCCGGCUUUCUUCCGAACCCAUUAGAAAGUUAAUUUAUUAUUUCCCAAUAUUUAUAUCUGCGUUGGGGCUCUCGCGAUGGUCGUCACCCACCCAACCUAAAAACCGUACCCUUUUCGAGUAGAACAUACAAUAAAGUUUACACAGCCCAAAAAUAGAGGACACACAUCUCGGAAGAAAACA